CGGGCGUUAGUCCUGGGUGAACUACACUUCCCAGGAUGCAACAUGAGCCAACUUUCUCAUGGAUACUACAUUUCCCAGAAGAGACUGGGCGCCGCAGAGUCCUCUGGGAUGGGAACCACGCCGCUUCCAACCCUCAGUUCCAGGAGCGAAGCGCGGACCUUUCAACAAGAGCUUUAUUGAUUCUCUCGCUGGGCUCCCGGAACGCCAUGGAGGCAGCCAAUUGCUCCCUGCGGGUGAAGCGACCCUUACUGGAUCCCCGCUUCGAGGGCUACAAGCUGUCUCUCGAGCCGCUGCCCUGCUACCAACUGGAGCUUGAUGCAGCUGUGGCAGAAGUGAAACUUCGGGAUGACCAGUAUACACUGGAGCACAUGCACGCUUUUGGAAUGUAUAAUUAUCUGCACUGUGAUGCCUGGUAUCAAGACAGUGUCUACUACAUUGAUAACCUUGGGAGAAUCAUGAACUUAACAGUGAUGCUGGACACUGCCUUAGGAAAACCUCGAGAGGUGUUUCGACUUCCUACAGAUCUGACAGCAUGUGACAAUCGUCUUUGUGCAUCUGUGCAUUUUACAUCCCCUACCUGGGUUACCUUGUCGGAUGGAACUGGAAGAUUAUAUGUCAUCGGAACAGGUGACCGUGGAAAUAAUCCUGAAAAAUGGGAAAUUAUGUUUAAUGAAGAACUUGGGAAUCCAUUUAUUAUAAUUCACAGUAUCUCAUUGCUGAAAGCUGAAGAACAUUCAAUAGCUAUGCUUCUUCUUCGAAUAGAGAAGGAGGAAUUGGACAUGAAAGGAAGUGGUUUCUAUGUUUCUUUGGAGUGGGUCACUGUCAGUAAGAAAAAUGAAGACAGUGAAAAGUAUGAAAUUACGAAGCAUCAUGUUCUCCGUGGAAAGUCUGUGCCACAUUACGCUGCCAUUGAGCCUGACGGAAAUGGUCUAAUGAUUGUGUCCUAUAAGUCCUUCAAGGUUACUUCGGUUGAUCAGGAUCUUGAAGAAAGUAUGGAUGAAGACAGGUCAGAGAAGAUCAAAGUAGAACCUCUGUAUUACUGGCAGCAAACAGACGAUGAUCUGACAGUAACAGUAAGGCUUCCAGAAAACUGUGUGAAGGAAGAUAUUGAAAUACGGUUUUUGCCUGAUAGCAUCAGCGUUAUGCUGAAGGAUGACCAGGUUUUGGAAGGAAAGCUCUAUUCAGCUAUUGAUCAUGAAAGCAGUGCAUGGACAAUUAAAGAGAAUGACAGCUUGGAGAUUACUUUGAUUAAGAAGAAUGAAGGUCUAGUGUGGCCAGAGCUGGUUGUUGGUGAUAAACAGGGGGAACUUCUAAGGGACCCAGCCCAGUGUGCUGCAAUAGCAGAACGGUUGAUGCACCUGACCUCCGACGAACUGAAUCCAAAUCCAGAUAAAGAAAAACCUCCAUGUAAUGCUCAGGAAUUAGAAGAAUGUGAUAUUUUCUUUGAAGAGAGUUCCAGUUUAUGCAGAUUUGAUGGCAAUACAUUAAAAACAACCCAUGUGGUGAAUCUUGGCAGCAACCAGUAUCUGUUCUCAGUCACUGUGGACCCUAAAGAAAUGCCCUGCUUCUGUCUGCGCCAUGAUGUCGAUGCCCUCCUCUGGCAGCCGCACUGCAGCAGGCAGGAUGACAUGUGGGAGCACAUUGCCACCUUCAAUGCCCUAGGUUAUGUCCAAGCAUCAAAGAGAGACAAGAAAUUUUUUGCCUGUUCUCCAAACUCCUCCUACGCAGCCCUCUGUGAGUGCCUUCGCCGAGUGUUCAUCUAUCGGCAGCCUGCUCCCAUGUCCACUGUGCUGUACAACAGGAAGGAAGGCAGGCACGUGGGCCAGGUUGCUAAGCAGCAAGUAGCAAGCCUAGAAACCAAUGAUCCUAUUUUAGGUUUUCAGGCAACAAACGAGAGAUUAUUUGUUCUCACUACCAAAAACCUCUUUUUAAUAAAAGUAAAUACAGAGAAUUAAUCCUUCAAUAUUUGGCUGCAAUCAAGUAUCCAGCGGUAUCUGGAGGGCUGACAGUGGUCCUGUAACUUGUUAGGUUUUACUGGGUUAACUAUAAACAUCUUUUAUGAAGUUUUAUUUUUAAAGGAUCUUGGAAAUGUAUUCAAGAGAUUUUGAAUCUAUAAAAGUUAUGUGAUAGAUGAAGCUAUGGAUUUAGAGAAAUUGGCUUCUGUAAAAAAAUGAAGAUAUUGGCAAAUAUAGUUAUUUUUUAAAACCUGA